AUGGGCCUCACGGCUAGCGGCGCAGGCAGUCUGAAUGGCAGUGGCCGUGGCUCACCGGCUGUAGGUUCCUCUGCUGGGCUCAUGUCCACGACGAGUGCCACGAAGCCCAAGAUCACACUCAACGGCAACGGUUACCACCCGGCCAACCCUCAGCUGCCCCUCAGCUCAAUGCGCAGCGCGCCCCUCGAUCUCCGGUCUGUAGAGCGACGUGGGCAGCCCACCCAGGGCAGGGAGACCACGAAACGCAAUCGCCCUUUCGGCUUGCAAGAAGCCCCUACAUAUCGCCCCACCGACGACGACUGGAAAGAUCCUUUUGAGUACAUUCGCAGGAUCAGCCCCGAGGCCUCGAAAUAUGGCUUGUGCAAGAUCAUACCCCCGGAUUCGUGGAAUCCAGACUUCGCCAUCGACACCGAGGUGCGCAGUUCCCCUAUACUGUUACAACCCGAACCAUCGCGCAUCGUAUCCUAUGCAGCGAUCGAUAGUGCGAGACUCGGGUCCAUCUCUCUAGACUUGCUAAUGGAGGUUCCUACAGAAAUUCCACUUUCGCACACGAAAGCAGGAACUAAACUCGGUACUCGAGCCAAUCUCACAUAUCUCGAUGCUCUUGCCAAGUUCCACAAGCAACAAGGCACGAAUCUCAACAGAUUGCCCUAUGUCGACAAGAAGCCACUCGAUUUAUACCGCCUCAAGAAAUGUGUCGAGGCCCGCGGUGGAUUCGAUAAGGUCUGCAAGAUGAAGAAAUGGGCAGAGAUUGGCAGAGAUCUGGGCUACAGCGGCAAGAUCAUGUCGUCCUUAUCAACGUCACUGAAGAAUUCAUACGAUCGAUGGCUCACGCCCUACGAAAACUAUUUACGACAGGCGAAACCAGGUGUCUAUCAGCAAUUGGAAUUUGAAUAUGGUGGCCCGCUGACCCCUAGUCCGGCCCAGAGUCCCAUCAAGCGUUCCGCAGUUAAUACACCGUCAAGCUUGCGGGGUGAUUCGCCUGCACGAAGCGCAACGGACGCCUUGCAAGCCACUAUCGCACUGAACCACGGCGUCAAGGUAGAGAGCGACCGCGAUGGGGUUGUGGGCGAUGCUCCAGUUGCCCCCAAAGGCCCGGCGCCAACAUCCGGGGGCUUCACGGCUAUUAACUCUGGAGGGCCAGUUGGUUUCACUGCAGUAAAUGCAGGCUUUACCAGCGUCAACCGGCCUCUCUCCGCUGAAGUCAAGAACUUCACGCCGCCGCCACAGAAGCAGUUUGGAAGCCCCAUGUCAUCAGCGAAGAAUACUCCAGACUUCCGUCCCUCUGCGUUGGGCUUAACAAAUCCCCUCAAGCGUCAACUGAGUUGCGAUAGCCUCGACAUCGCCAAGAAGGAGGGCGGUGCAGAUAAGGACGAUGCAGAUAAUGGCAGUCGCAGAAACACUGUUCCCACUGUUGCUGGCUCACAUAUGUCGUUAUUCCGCCCACUUGGGCCGCGAGUGCCUCGCGAUGAGACUUUACCCCCAGGAGAGCGAUGUGAGAGCUGUGGCAAAGCUGAAGAGGCCGGCUGGCUCGCAGUCUGCGAAUCAUGUGACCUCGCUUACCACGGUCCUUGUGUCGACCCGCCCCUCAAAUCCAACCCAGGAUCAGAGUGGAACUGCCCACGAUGUCUAGUCGGUGACGGCCAGUUUGGGUUUGAAGAGGGAGGCCUUUACUCACUGAAGCUGUUCCAGGAGAAGGCUGCAGACUUCAAGCAAGGAUACUUCGAAAACCGUAUGCCUUUCGAUCCGGUGCUUAAUUGCCCCCGUCCAGUUACAGAAGACGAUGUCGAACGCGAAUUCUGGCGCUUGGUCACUAGUAUAGAGGAGACAGUGGAAGUAGAAUAUGGAGCUGACAUUCACUGCACCACUCAUGGCUCCGGAUUCCCGACUGCCGAACGCAAUCCGAACAACCCUUACUCAACCGACUUCUGGAAUCUCAACAUUCUACCGUUGCACCCAGAAUCACUUUUUAGACAUAUCAAGUCCGACAUCUCUGGUAUGACUGUCCCGUGGGUCUAUGUUGGCAUGAUUUUCUCGACGUUCUGCUGGCACAACGAGGACCACUUUGCUUAUUCCGCCAAUUAUCAACAUUUUGGAGCAACAAAGACGUGGUACGGCAUUCCGGCAGAAGACACGCAGAAGUUUGAGGCUGCCAUGAAAGAGGCAGUUCCCGAACUUUUCGAGACUCAGCCCGAUCUCCUCUUCCAGCUUGUCACUCUCCUGACCCCCGAGCAGUUGAAGAAAGCCGGCGUCCGGGUAUAUGCCCUGGACCAGAGGGCGGGACAGUUGGUCAUCACAUUCCCUCAAGCAUACCAUGCUGGGUUCAACCAUGGUUUCAACUUCAACGAGGCUGUCAACUUUGCGCCGCACGACUGGGAACCAUAUGGUCUAGCUGGUGUUGAGCGUCUCAAGGAGUUCCGAAAGCAGUCUUGCUUUUCGCACGACGAGCUCCUUUGGACUGCUGCUGAGGGCACUUCGAGCGGUCUUACUAUCCAGACUGCAAAAUGGUUGGCACCAGCUCUGGAUCGUGUACACAGGAGGGAACUCGAGCAACGAGAACAAUUCUACAACAAACAUGUCCAGGGCAACAAGCACUCUUGCGUUCUCAGAGCUGAGCAACACGAAACUUGCGCCUUGGGAUUCCAAAUUUUGGACGAGGACGUACCGGAAGAAGAGUACCAAUGUUCAUACUGCAAGUGUUAUGCUUACCUCACAAGAUUCAAGUGCAACAGAUCCAACAAGUACCUCUGCAUCCAGCACGCGGGGUCUCAUGCCUGCUGCGAUAUGUCCGAAUCAGAGCGUUUCGCCGGCAAAGAGCACAUCCUGUUCUAUCGGAAGACGACGGAAGACAUGAGCGAGACGUAUCGAAAGGUCGCCGAGAAGGCCAAUCUUCCCGAGACUUGGGAGGACAAGUAUGAUAAGCUCCUUGAUGAGGGUGGCACACCCACGCUCAAGACACUUCGGAACCUUCUUAGCGAGGGUGAACGUAUUCCGUACGACCUCCCCUCUCUGCCAGCGCUCAAAGAAUUUGUUGAUCGUUGUAAUGAAUGGGUCGAAGAGGCGACUAAUUAUACGGUCCGCAAGCAGCAAAACCGCCGCAAGAACGACAAGGUCUGGCAAAGCGGGAUGCGCAAGUCCAUCGGCAACUCCUUCCAGGAACAGAAAGAGCGCGAGAUGCGAAAGGUCGAUAACAUCUAUCGGCUGAUCGAGGACGCCGAGCGAAUUGGGUUCGACUGCCCCGAGAUCGUGCAGCUCAAGGAGCGGGCCGAUGCGAUCAAAAAUUUCCAAAACAACGCAGAGUCCGCACUCAACCACGUCAUCAUCCAGUCCGAAGAGUCCAUCGAGGAACUUCUCGAAGAAGGUCGUAGCUUCAACGUCGACAUGCCUGAAAUCGACAAACUACAACUCGUUUUAGAGCAGAAACGUUGGAACACAAAGGCUAAGGUUAACCGCACCAUUUUCAUGACACUAGAUGAGGUCACCCAGCUCAUUGAGGAAGGAGUUCGCUUAGACAUCCCACCAUACAAUGACCACAUGAAGCAUUUUAACGAGAAGCUCGCUGCAGGUCGACAAUGGCAAGCCAAGGCUACCGAACUGAUUAAUGCUGAAACUGUUCACUAUCCCCAACUGGAAGCAUUAUCCAACCAAGUGCAACAUGGCGCUCUCCCUGUAUCGCAGGAAACCCUGGCGGCUGUUGACCAGAUUCUGCACAAACAGCGAGAAGCACAUCGACAAAUCCUGGACCUAAUGGAACGAUCAAGGGAGGCAGACUAUACCAAACGCCCGAAAUACCAGGAGGUCAUUGAUGUGAUGAAGAAAUUGGAGGAUCUCAACUCGAAACCUACGGGUACUCUGGAUCUCGAAAGAGAGCAAAGACGGCACGAGGACUGGAUGCGAAAAGGCAAGAAGCUCUUCGGCAAGACAAACGCGCCACUGCAUAUCUUGAAGAACCACUUGGAAUACGUGUUGGACCGAAACCUCGACUGCUUCGACAUCACUAGUGAUAAGCCUCGAUUGCCAGCCGAGCCCGCAUCCAGAGCUCCUAGUCCUGGCGAAGAGCGCGAAACUAACAAGGUUCCUCGGUCAUGGGACGAUCCGACAUUCCGGGAAGUCUUUUGCAUUUGUCGACGCGUCGAAGCUGGCAUGAUGAUUGAGUGUGAACUCUGCCACGAAUGGUAUCAUGGCAAGUGUCUGAAGAUUGCUCGCGGCAAGGUCAAGGAAGAUGAUAAGUACACAUGCCCGAUCUGCGACUGGCGAGUGAAGAUUCCACGUGAUGCUGCUAGACCGAAGCUCGAGGACCUGCUCUCGUGGCAGGAUGAGAUCGCCGGAUUGCCCUUCCAACCUGAGGAAGAAGAGAUACUGCGAAAGAUCAUCGACAACGCUAUGGACUUUCGAAACCACAUAUCAGUCUACUGCAAUCCUAUCAUGGCAACGGCUUCCGAGGCCGAGACUCAGAGAUUUUAUCUACGCAAGAUCGAGGGUGCCGAGAUUCUUCUCGCAUUCGAGACCAACUUUUUCCGCCAAGAGCUGCAUAAGUGGAGCCCCGUUGCGCCUGAACCGCCACCAGUGUUGGAUGUGUCGAAGAGCACAAGGAAGCCGCGCCCAACAAAGCUGCAGCGAAUGCUUGCUCAGCACGGUGUUGACGAACCUGAAGACCUUCCUGAGAAUCUGAGAGCCAAAGCCAUUAGUCUAAAACGAAAGGCUUUGAAUGCAGAUGCUGCCGCUAUCAUCCCAAUAUCGAAUCAGCCAUCUGGAUCAGCAUCUGGUGGACACGGCGCUGUCAGCCCUUCAGCACAUUCCUACGGUUCAGGGACUCACGGAUUUUUCGGGAGGACUUCGCAGCCUCCGACACCAGCGAUGGCAGUUAACAGCCAUGGCCACCCUAGUCGCAGCGGAGACUCUACCUCGUCUAGUAGACCCGGCUCCGCAAUGCAUGGUGGGUCAUUAGAUCUUGAUGGAAGCGAUACCGCCAACAUACAUCCCGACUUUUUUAUGCAUGCUGAAGGUGGUGGUCCUGGGCCGCGACUCAUGGCUUCUGAUCGUGAGUCAUUAUCACUUGAGGAGCGUCUGUUGAGCGGUCAAGAUGAUGUGAUCAACUUGCAGAGUGGGCAUGAGAAAAGUAAGGCUCUCGAGAUUCUUAAGCGCACCGAGGAAGGCCGUCGCCGCGCUGAGGAGAUCUUCGGACCAGAAGUAUGGGACGACGAGACAGGCCUGCGUGGUUCGGGAAGCAUGCCCGAUGCGGAGAUGCGCCCGGAUGGAGAUGACAAGGACGUCGACAGGAUGUUCAUGGACCUCACCAAUGUCGAUGAUGAAGCUGGUGAUGGCAACAAGGCCGCCGCCGCCGUGACCACGGAGAGUUUUGAAGCUGAACGCGAUGCCAUGGACAUGAUGGAUUCGGACUAA